CAAAAUCUCCGCCGGCACCGGAUAUAGAUAAUAACGUUAUGUAUAUGCGAUCGGCACGUCGAAAUACGUCAAUUCGUCGGACAGCCUGAACCCAUAUUUCAAUGGCGAAACAUCUUUUUCUACCGUCCGGCAAAUUAGUCAUCUACCAGGCAUCAUUUCUAAAUAUUAUCCUGUUAUUAAUAACUGUCAGACGGAAGUCAAUUUACUGUAAGACGUCGACUUAUAUAAUCGUCCAGUUGCCGGCGCUUUCAGUUCGAUCUGCAGAGUGCAAUUGGACAAAUCGUCCCUCUUCACCCUUGUGUGCUCCCAUCCCUGCGAGAUCCAGGGGUGCAAAGGUGCUCUGUAACGUUGUAUUUCUGUAAAUUACGUGGCACCGCGAAGCGAGGAAGAAGGGGCGAAAGGGAAAAAAGGCUGAACAGAACUGCGAGGCUUAGGGCCAGCUUUGCAAACGUCGGUUAACCAGAGAUUAGUCGAGACUCCCUAUCCUCUGGUUAACGGUUAGGGUUAACGUUUUCAUUUUCUGGUCAACGGUUAACCAUGGCUGCUUUCCUUUUAGGGAACACAGUCGGCAUUUUUGACACAAAUCGACACAUGUCGCUUUCCAUUUGGAAUUCGACUCAAACUCAAUCGACACUUUUCGACUCCGCUCGGGAGGAGAGUCGGAGUGUGUUUGUGACCGAAGAUUGCAUCCGCUUCGAGUAUUUUGAUAGAAUCUUCUUUCGGCAGAACCUUUUCUUCAAAUCUUUGCCGUUUCGCAGUGGCAAACUGCGCUCGAGUGUGUUAACCUGUGUCGAUUUGCGUCUCCUAAAAGGAAAGCAGCUUAUGUUACCAUUAAUAUAUAACAGCUACCAAGUCGCUUUAACUUUAAUCCCAGUUUAACUUACUUUUUACUCAAUUCCAAUUCCCGAAACUAGAAAUAGAUAAAAAGUAAGUUGAACCGAGAUCAAAGUUAAUCCGCAUUGGUAGAAGUGGACAGAAGAGACGGAGAAUCGAUCGACCACCAGUUAGCAGUCUAAAGGGAGAGUCGUGUCGCAAACGUAGCCACGCUGCACCAUGACGGCCGCACCGAGGGGACCGAUAUCUCGCGGCUGAAAUCGCCUUGUGAAAUCGCCAUUCAUCGCGCGGCCUUCGGAUACGGCGCUUCCGCGGGAAAAACGAUCGCGCGUGGCGUGCACGCUCCAGUACGACGCCGACUGUCGCCGGGCGAGGAGCUGCGUCGUCCGCUGUCACCGGCCACACGUGCUCCAGCUCCGGCUCCGGCUCCGAUCUAACCGGUCGACCGACGAGGCACCUACGGUUCUCCGAUAAUCGGCGUUCCGACAGCGGGAAAAAUCAGAGGCCGGCGGGGCGUGCUCGACGCUCUCCCUUCUUGGAAGAAGCAGCACUCGAACGGAUCGCCAGGGGAAUUGCGCUUACGCAGACGCAGGAUACGCGAGAGAGAAAAAUGCAGAGCUUAUUUGAGGUCGACGAUAACGACGUCAUUUAUAAAGAUGUUGUCGUUAUAGGAAACGGACCGAGCGGGAUAUGCCUAUCGUACAUGCUCGCCGGAAACUGGCCUUACUACACCGGCGAACCUCAUCCCGGCGACGAUAUGCUGACUGCGCGGUUGCAGUUCUGCACGAGCGGCAGCGAGGAGCGCGGCGACGCUCCGGACGACGCGAACACCGACGUGACCAGCAACAAUCGCCACCAGUGCUGCAAGUCCGGUGUCGGCCGGGCGCAGGGAGGCGGACUGGCGCGUAGUACGCGCUGCAAACUCGAGUGCCUGUCCUCCGGCAUCGAGGGCAGAGGCGGCGGCCGGCCGCUGGCUCUUCUCAUGGACCAGCUGCAGCAUCCGUGCGUCGACGCCGGCCUCGAUGUGGCCUCGCUCCUCGACUGGAGCUCCGUGGACGAAUAUCCAGAGCACAGGAUCGUGGAUCAUGUUGUUCUUGGCAAGGGUCAGCCCGGCGGUGCCUGGCAGUCUAUGGAUCCCAAUGUACUGACCAUCAGUCUGAGUCGCUGGAUGUCUCUGCCUGAUUUGGAUCUGAGGCAUUGGGAAAAACUUGUCGAGGUCGAACAGUUGCAAAAGUCGGUCUUAGCCGCGGAGAAUGACGUGUAUGCGCGGCUAGAAAAACUGAGCGUUUGUAAAGCGUCUAGUCGAGUUUCCGUGGGUACCGUAGCAGCUUAUUACAAGGACUACGUGCGCAGGAAAGGCUUGAAGCAAUACUUCCGAUGCGGGACCACAGUUACCUCGGUAAGACCGAACUCGGACUCACCCGAGAGCAAGGGAGGAUACAAUUGGAUUGUAGACGGGUACGAGAAUAAAACUGGAAAGCGGUUUCGGUAUCGGUGCAAAAGGGCGGUUCUUGCGACCGGCACGACCGAUUUGUCAAAUCAUCUGGACAUCCCAGGGGAGAAUACGAAUCCCAAAUGGGUGACGCACGAUCUCAACGAUUUGGAGACUCGAUUGGGACGUCUGGUCGGCGAGUAUGGCAUAGAUUUGAUCGACGAGCAGACCCCACCCGUGUUGGUAAUCGGAGCUGGUCUGAGCGCAGCCGACGCGAUUAUGGCCGCGCGCUUUCGAGGUAUACCUGUGCUACACGCGUUCCGCAAUUCGUUGAACGAAUGGGGCAAACAGACAGCCGAGAGGAUAACUACUAGUUACGAUCGACUGCAAUGGCUGCCGGAUUCCAUAUAUCCGGAGUAUCAUAAGGUGUACGAGAUGAUGGCUGACGGAGGUACAAAUUAUCCUUUAUACAAGUCAUUGCCUGGAUACACGCUUGUCAAUCUCUAUGAAAACCGCGAGAAUGGAAACACGAAUACGAGGAGGAUGGUCACCCUUUCCGCUCCGGACGGUCAGCUGCACACGUUUGAAGUAUCCAUUGCGGCUAUUCUUAUCGGAUACAAGCCAGAUCUGUCAUACUUGGAAGGUGGCGGCGUGGGAUUGGGUAAAUUUGCAAGCAAGCCGAUCGACAGCAAGUCAAAUCCAAUUGAGAUCGACGACUUCACGUACGAGGUGAUCAACGCGCCGAUAAAGGGACUUUAUGCAUUGGGACCUCUAGUCGGUAACAACUUCGUUCGCUUCGUUCUCGGUGGUGCGCUUGGAAUUCUGGCGCACAUUCUAUGCACCACAAAUACCUGAGAGAUCUGACAGCCACUCGCGCGACUCGGUCGUAUCUUAGCAAAAUCAUUUUAUAAUGUAGACACAUUGACAACGGCAUCAUGUGACUUCUGCUCAAUUCGUGUGAGUGCUGAAUAGCUACCCUCUUAGUUUUUAAAAUUUAUACGAAGAGAUUGCUCGGCAAAUCUGUUUGUACAUACUAUUAAAAUUAUUUUUAUAUUCCUUUCCAUAUUACCCUUCGCGAGGAAACGACUACCGAUUUUUAAUUGUACAUACGACUAUUUAAUUGUUCCGUCGGAAUAUCUCCUAGUGAAAGGUAAAGGGCGAAGAGAUUACAAUAUUUACUCAGCGAGUAGUGACUUACAACGUGCGGAAAAAGAUGACAGUUCAAAUGCUACCUUAGAUCUAUUUUAGAUCUGUUCGCGCUUGUUAACAUUCCAUUUAAUAAGGAAAUUAUCUAUGGAGGAUGGUAUCGAUAACGUGAAUUGCACCUAAAUUUGACGAUUGUCACAUUAUUAAUGAAUUUGUCACAGCUAUGCAUUAUCUCUCCAUAAAUACACCCUUAUUAGAUUCCACAUCUCGUAGAGUGUGUAUACAGUUAACACAUAACUGUUGGAGUCUGUAUUGUAACCAGUUUCGUAAAGAAAAACGAGUAAUACAACGAAACUCUCUACAUAAAUUCUGACAUGCGUACUUAGGAUUAAUCUAUGUUUGCCUUGUUACGAUUAAGUUAAAAAAAUGUUUUUUUAUGCACAUUUGUCUAUACACGGUUUGCAUAUAGUGAGAACACAUCUCACAAAGUGAAUUAGAUGAUUACAGACAUUUCAGUUUUUAUGUAACAUCUUUGAUCCGCCGUGCAAUAUGCCUUUACAUCUCUUAUUAAUAAGCUGUGAUUACUUUAGUGAAGUAGGCUAGUAAUGCUCUGUUGUUAGUAUAAGGUAUAUGUACGUAAUACUACCUUUUCAGUACAAAACGUUUCUACGAAACUUAUUUUUUUAUCACUUGAUAGUUUUUAUUUAUACUAGAUUUAGAAAAAGUGUGCUCUAUUGCUUAUAUUUUACGUGAUUUUAUUUAUGAUAUGCGGUACAUAAUUAUGUACGAUUAUAUAUCAGUUAAGUUUUAUAUUAAUUAAGUUUAUUUAGUUUAAUUAUUUUGAAAAAGAGAAAUGUACUUUUCAUAAUUUUGUUAUAUUUCGAACGGAAAUUUUAUUGCUCUUUGAUAAUCAUGGAAAUGCGAGAAAUACUUUUUUGUUAUGUUAAACGUGCGGUAUGCAAACUUAUAUGUUAAUACGUACGUAACAGUAAGCCUAAAAUGUAUUUAAUAUAAUGUUACGACAAAUUUGAUAUUAGCGGUGAGGCGAGGUACUGUAGCGUAUACAAGAGGUGAAGCGAACAUUAAAGCGUAUCAUUUGUAAUAUAGAAAUAUGUGGUUUUUAGAAGUUUUAUUAAUACGAAAGUUGAUAUAUAUUGAUAUUAGCUAAAUGACGACAGGGAUACGUAUGGAUACAAGAAUACUUAAUACGCAAUCUGUGAUAGGCAAUGCAAUGUUCAAGAAGAUGCAAUGAAGUAGAAGGGACUACGUAAAUAAAACUUGAGUACAUUAUAUUUAGUAGAUAUGUAUUUUUACAUGCAGAAUGAGGACCGAUUUAUAUAAGAAAUAUUAGUAUAUUAUAUGGUUUAAUUUAGACGAAAAACAAUGAAGAAAUCAUUAUCUGUCUCUUUGAAAGAACGGCAGCGGAUAAUCCCACUUGUCACAAGAAAUUCUCAGUAAACUUUUAAGUACCAAGA